CGGCCGACUUCAACCUUCGACCAAAACAUUGUGAGGAAUGGCGUCGACAAAGUCCUGAAGGGCCGUCGCUCGGAGACGAUCUUUGCAGGACUAUUAUUUUUAAAUUUAAGUUAACCAUGGAUUCCGUCACGGAGAGCCUCAUCAGCUGGCUACAGACUUUCAAUGUCACAGCUCCGCACAGGAGCGUCGAUCAGCUAUCCGAUGGAGUGGCGUUGGCGCAAGUUCUUCACCACAUCGACCCCGAUUUUUUCGACGCUUCCUGGUUGUCCAAAGUUAAGACGGAUGUUGGGAGCAACUGGCGAUUAAAGUUCAGCAACCUGAAAAAGAUCCUGAAGGGCAUCAUGGAUUAUUACAACGAGGUGUUGUUCCAGCAGAUUACAGAAUUCCGCUUUCCUGACGUCGGAGCAAUUGCGGAGCGCGGAAGUCGGGAGGAGAUGGGCCGUCUCCUUCAGCUGAUCCUGGGAUGCGCGGUCAACUGCUCACGGAAACAGGAGUACAUUCAAGUCAUUAUGGGAUUGGAAGAAGAUCUGCAACAUAUGGUCAUGAAGGCCAUUCAGGAGCUGAUCACCAAGGAAGCUCCGAGCAGCUAUACGGGGGACAACUUUGACCUCAAUGAGCAGCUCAAAAGAGCGGCUGAGGAGCUGCAGACAGCCAAGGAGGCCAAGGAACAGAUCACGCAACGAUGUCACGAGCUAGACAUGCAGGUGACGAUGCUGCAAGAGGAGAAGUCUAGCCUGAUGCAUGAGAACGAGAAGUUGCUCGACAAGCUGAAUCACAUGGAGAACCUGGAAGACCCGAGCACGUCAGCGGGCAGGAGAUACCAGCAGUCGCAGCUGAAGAUUGACAACCUGCAGGCUGAGGUUUUUAAGCUGGAAACAGCAAGGGAUGAACUUCGAAUCAAGGUGGAAUUCCAGGAAAAGGAGAUACUAAACCUCCAGGAAAAGAACGAGGAAUUGCAUCGCGCUGUGAAUGAGGCGCAGUCACUCAAGGACGAACUGGAUGUUUUGCGACAUACUUCGGACAAAGUUGAACAUUACGAAGCGACCAUCGAAACUUACAAGAAGAAACUCGAGGAUUUGAGUGACCUGAAGCGGCAGGUGAAGCUCCUUGAAGAGAAGAACACCUCCUACAUGCAGACCAACAUAGAGCUGGAAGAGGACGUGAAGAAGAUGGCCGCCCUCAAGUCCCAGGUGGACCUGUACAAGAAGCAGACGCAGGAACUCCGGCUGCAGCUGGGUGACGAGACACGGAAGGCCAACCGGGCAGAAUUCGAGUCCAAGCGGCUCCAGGAGAAGUUUGUGUCCCUCCAAACCGAGAAAGAGCGUCUAAUGGCAGAGCGAGAUUCUUUGAAGGAAGGUCUUGAGGAGUUGCACUGUCAGCAGUUGCAGAAAGAAAGCUCCAACGUCCAGGCAAGCGACCCAAAAGCCGUGGGAACUCUCUCAGAUUCGGAGAUGCUGGAGACCCUUCCACCAGAAAUAAAGGAAAAGCUGAUCCGGCUUCAGCACGAGAACAAGAUGCUGAAGCUUCAGCAGAGCAAAAGUGAGGGCCAGCAGCUGACGCUGGUGAAGACGCGGCUGGAAUACGCACAGUCCAAUAUCAACGACCUAGAGACAGAAGUCAGACUGCUCAACCAGCGCAACCUUCAGCUCGAGAGUCAGCUGGAGGACAGUCGGGAGGCCGCGUCGGCUGGUGAAGGGGUGGAGGCGAGGCAGCAGCUGUUCGUGGCUCAACGGCGCUGUAAGGAGCUGGAAAGUCAGCUGCGAGAACGAGAGUCAAGCCUCGAAGCCAUGGCCGGUCGGCUUGCAGAGUCCUGCGAGAGGCAGGGCGAGCUCACGGAGCAGCUGGAAAAGAAGGCAGAGGAGACGAGAGUGAUGGAGGAGCGCUACCAGAAGUACCUUGAGAAAGCCAAGAAUGUCAUCAAGACACUGGACACCCGUAACGUGUCCCCUUCCGGGGCGGAGGUGGUGGCCCUGAAGAACCAGCUUCAGGACAAGGCCAAGCAGAUCUCUCAGCUUCAGCAGGAGCUGGAGAUGUUCAAGGCACAGUGGGAGAAGGAGGAGCGCCUCGUCAGCACCGUCUUCUACAACUUCGGCGCCAAGCUGCAGCAGCAGUCGGCGGAGGAGCGCAUAGUGCAGAUGAGCGGCGGCCAAUCUUUCUUGGCGAGACAGCGGCUGGCCACAACCAAACGUCACAACAUGCCGGGCGUCCAGGCAAACGAGUUCUUUGGCUGAUACUUGGGAAGCAUGACACGCAACAAACCUUGCCUGCCUCCCACACCCGACAACCGUCGCACCGAAACGAAGAACGGAAACGCCUCCUUCCAAAGAUUCAUUGUUGCCUUGUACCGGGGCGGGUGUCUGUAAAGGAACUACAAACUUUAAAAAUGUGCUGCUGAAAGCGAUGGCUAGGCAUAGCACACUGUCAUCUCUCUUGAAGACCUAUUUUACCUUUCACAGUACCCUGUUAGCAUCUUCAGUUGCAACUCGGAGUCUGUGAAAAAUUAAAAUUAAUGUUUUUACUAUCUGUAUUCUGUAGCUAUAGUGGUGUCGAACUUGGGAAACCAAAGACGAUAUGCUCCGUUCAUUUUUUUUAUCCGCAUCAUGGAACUCUGGGAUUCAUUUCUUGCUGCCGACACACGCCGAGUCAACAGUUUAUGUUUUAAGGGUGUUUCUGCAACGGAACUCAAGAAAAAUUAUGGUGUGGUAUACAUGAUGAAGACGAAGUGAAGAAACAAACACGACAGGACCAAGCUGUUCUGUCGUCUUUGCUUCGUCGUUUGAGCUGUUUUCAUCAUGUACGAGGUGGGCCAACUCGCCCAGUUCACUACAUUAUUGAGCUGUGGUACUUCAAGUCGUCGUCUUUACGGGCGACCCAUUUGAAGUGUCGACUUUUUGUUCACGACACCCAGUUUGUAUUGUGUGCCUCGACUAUUAAAUUGGCGCAAGUUAAGAACGGUGCUAUGAAACCCUCCCACCUUACAAAAUGCGAGCGAAAAACACGACCAUUGUUUUUAUUUUUUAUUGUGAACUUAUAGUGAGAGUGGUAGGAGCAAUUCGGAAUGCUCCUCUUUCCUGAAAUACAAAUUUAUGUUACACUAAUUGCACAACCUUCAUUGUCCUCGUUUUUCACCGGCCCGUUUUGCUAGAGCCGUUUCUUGCUGUAGAUAUAUUCAUGCUAUGGGUUGGUUGUUUGUUUCACUACAUUGAAGUCUGCAUUGGGUGCCUGGUGUUUAGUUUCUCCCAAGUCUUCAUCGAACGACUUAAAAUAAAGUUUGCAUACACAAUGUACAGUUUGCAUGUCAACGUCUGGAGAGCGCGUUUGUUGGUCAGCUGGCAUGUCGUUUUGGGCACAAAUGCUCAAAGGGUGCAAUAAAAGAAAAGUCUGCUUAUAGUAUCGUUCGAAAAGUGGCGAGAAGGAAGCUCUGUAGGGGUUCUAAGAUCUGCAUUUUGUGAGGCUGUGCCCUGAAUGUACGCAAUAUUUUAGACUGCUGGAAAAUAUUUUAUUAUUUUUACAUUUAAUAAAUAUGUCCGUCUUAUCA